UCAGGGGUUCCUAGUUGCAGCGUGAUUACCAACGCCGGCUCCCUUCACUGUCCAAGACAGCGAUUCCGCGGCUCCUCUCAGAACUGGACGGAGUGACUGAACGGGCCCCUGGAGAGGAGCGGUGCUCACAGCUUUGUAUAUUCCAGUGUUCAUCACUUACCAUUUAAGCUACUUGCAGUCACGUCACACCUUGGAUCUCUAUCAUCAAAACUAUUCCACCUCGGAAAUCUUACUUAAAUGCAGCAUGCCAUCCUGAAAGUCUCUCCCUGUCCUAGCUCUGUAACUGUUUACAUUGCUCAGGUACCUGAAUAUUGGCUUUGUGUCUAAAGUUCCUGGAACUUUCCUCCUUACCGUGAAAUAACUUGGCUUAAAUCACACUGCAUAUAGUACGCAGGUGCUUAGCUCAAGCCUGAGAAUUACUGCAAUCUAGUAAGGCGGACUUGAACUACUGUGGGAGUUCUAUUUAGGAAGAUGCAGCCUCUGAGCAAGUUGAUGGCUAUCUCAAAACCUCAAAACCUGUCUCUGCAUGAACAAAGAGAGGUUCUGAGAGCAGAUAUGUGUUGGCAGCAGGAAACCAUCCCUGUCGUGGAGACACAUGACUCUGAGGCAUCUCGUCAAAAGUUCAGACAUUUCCAGUAUUUGAAAGUGUCUGGGCCCCAUGAAGCCCUGAGCCAACUCCGGGAGCUCUGUCUUCAAUGGCUGAGACCAGAGAUUCAUACAAAGAAGCAGAUUAUAGAACUGUUGGUGCUGGAACAAUUCCUGGCAAUCCUGCCUGAAGAAGUCAGGACUUGGGUGCAUUUACAACAUCCAAACAACAGUGAAGAUAUGGUGACCCUCAUAGAAGAUGUGAUUGAAAUGCUUGAAGAUGAAGGUAUGCCCUGCAAGGACUCUGCCCCGCAGAUGGGGAGCAUCAAGGAGAAAAUGAAAGCUGGCUCACCAACAGGCAAACCACAGGAACCAGUGACAUUCAAAGAUGUGGUUGUGGAAUUCAGCAAGGAAGAGUGGGGGCAACUGGACUCUGCUGUAAAGAACCUGUACAGGAAUGUGAUGCUGGAAAACUUUAGGAACCUGAAUUCAUUGCGUAAAGCACAUCUACUUUCCAAACCAUUUGAGAGCCUUAAGUUGGAGAGUAGGAAAAAAAGAUGGAUAAUGGAGAAAGAAAUACCAAGGAAGACUAUUUUUGACAUGAAGAGUAUUUCUGGAGAAGAAUCAUCUCAUGGAGUGAUUAUGACAAGGCUUACCGAAAGUGGACACCCUUCUUCAGAUGUCUGGAAAGGUGAGAAUUGGUUAUAUAGGAACCAGAAAAAAUGGGACAUAAAUUUGCCACAAGAGGCUUUCAUUCCUGAAACAAUUUACACUGACGAGGAAGAUUUUGAAUGUAGUGAAAAUAAGGAAACCUUUGAUAUUAAUUCAGUUAGCUCAAUUUGUGCUAUACAACAGGGAAUUCCUUCAAGAAAGGGGUCUCCAAAAUGUGAUAAGUUUAAAACUCAAUUCAAAUUUAAUUUAGACUCAGUCGGUAAGCAACAUUCAGAAUAUGAAUAUGUGAAUGACUUGAGUUUGAGUACAGAUAUUCGACACCAAAAAAGUCAUACUACAAUGAAUUCCUAUGAAUGUUAUCAAUGUGGGAAAGCCUUCUGCCGAAGUUCAUCCCUUAUUCGACAUCAGAUCAUUCACACAGGAGAGAAACCCUAUAAAUGCAGUGAAUGUGGGAGAUUCUUCAACCGACGUACAAACCUUACUAAGCAUCAAAAACUUCAUGCUGAAGUAAAGGCCUGCACAAGCAAUAAAUGUGGAAAAGCCGUCAGUAAAAGUGAAGACAGUAAUAAUCCAGCACUCCAUUUUGGAAACAAUUUCUAUGAAUGUGUUAACUGUGGAAAAUCCUUCAACCGCAGCUCCUCUCUUAUUCGACACCAAAUGAUUCAUACAGGAGAGAAACCAUUCAAAUGUAAGGAAUGUAAUAAAGCCUUCAACAGGAGUUCAAACCUUGUUAAACAUCAAAAACUGCAUACUCGAGAUAAGUCCUGAAAAAAGAAAAAAUAUUACUUUCAGUCAGAAUGCAGAACUCAUUCAACAUCAUGAAUUUAUGCUGGAUAAAAUCUCAUGAAUAUAAUGUAAGAAAACAUUUGUCAGAUUAUUCUUUAAAUGAUAUCACAGAAUUAAUAUUGGAUAGAAAUAUUAUUGGAUAGAAAUCUAUUUGAAGGAAUUUUCCUGGUUUUCAGAUGAAGCCAUAAGGCUUUGGAGUUAAACACAGUAUCACCAUACAAGUGUUUGUGUAUCAUUAUUUUGAUAUCCAUUACCCUCACCUCUCCCUAGUUCAUAAAUAGGUCUAUAGCAUACUAAUAUCUUCCUGAUUUAUUGAUGAAGUAGACGUUAGGCAAAGCCAAACAAUACUCUUGGAGUUGAUAUUUAAUAAAACUUAGCCCUUUUAAGAAGGUCACAAGAAAUCAGGAGCUCGUGUGAAUAUAAGAGAAUACUUCUAAGGACAGAAAUCUCUGAAUCAAUGGCUAAGACAACAGUAACAGCCAUUUACUCCACUCCUGACAAUACCCUUUGUUGUCUUGCUGCUGAAUGGAGAUUAGAGUUGGGAGAGGGUUAUCAGCUGCAAUGGGAGAAGUAUGUAUGCUGUUAAUCUAUAUGUAUUCUUAAAAUCUGCAUUUGUUUAAAGUACAGCAGGUCCUUGAAAAACUUUUUUGUUUUGUUAUAAUGUUAUAAUGAUGUUGAUGAGAAAAAUAUCGAUUCCCAGCCAGGGACACUGUGUGGAGUUCGCACACUCUCCCCAUGUCUCCAGGUGCUCUGGUUUCAAACCCGAAAGAUGUAUACAUUAGGUUAAUUGACAUAUCUAAAUUAUCUCAGUCUGAGUUUGUGAGGGAGUGUGCCCUGCAGUGGAAUGGCUCCUAAUCAGCGUUGGUUCCCACAAUUGCCCUGAGCUGCUAGGAUGCACUCUGUCCACCCAUGGGCCUGUACUGGAAUAACAGGGUAAAUAAUUAUCUUACCUGUUUUUAUUAAUCCUUCUUAAAUGUGUAUACAGCUCAGAUUUAUUUUAAUGUCUGAUAUUGGAAGCAUUUGGGGUCUUUAGAAGUUUGAUGAUGUUGUGACCAGACAUUUGCUGUAGGAACUUAACUCUUGUUUGUAUCCAUUAGUCUACGGUAAAAUUGGUUUUGUUAUACAUCAUUUCACUUAAAGUUGCAGUUCCUAAGAACCUAUUGAUGAUGUUCAGUGCAGACUUACUGUACCUUUGGGAACUUAGGUUGGAGAGACAUCCAUAGCCUUAGGUAUAUCAUUUAUACCAGACAUUAUGAAGUUAUUAAAGUCUCUUAAUACUCUGUA